UUUCGUGUGGUGUUCAACAAUGGCUGAUGAUGCAGUUCUUCAAUCUCCAACAAACCCACAUUUCUUCCAGCCUCUUCUUCCUGGCUAUCAUUCACACAUGGUUCUCUCUACUCUUGUCUCUGUGUCCUCUUCAAUGAGUUUUGCUUAUAGUGAGAGAUGGUUUCGUUUUGUUUUUUUUUUCUUUUGCAUGUUGUUGCAGAACGUUCCUGUAGCCUUCUUCUCAAAGCAUGUCCAAGGAAGAAACGGAGACAAGACUGCAAGAUUGAGAUCAGAUGCUUCGGAUACGACUUGGGAAGUGGUAAUAAACGGCCGGAGACUCACCGGAGGAUGGAAAGAAUUCGUCAAAGCUCAUGAUCUCCGUGUUGGAGAUGUUCUUGUUUUCAGACACGAGGGAGAACUGGUGUUUCAUGUCACUGCACUGGGAUCCAGUUGCUGUGAGGUUGAGUACACAACCCUUGAUGACGGUGAUGAUAAUAAAGAAACUGUUUUAGCUUCAGAUAUCAAACCAAUGAAGAAGAGAGCGAAGAAGAACCCAAGGAAAAAAGAUUCUUGUUCUUGUUUUCUAGCAAAUGUCACAGUCUCAAGCUUGCAUGAGGAUAAACUGUAUGUUCCAGUUAGUUUUGUGAGGUCAAACGGUUUGAGCAAUACGUACUGUAAGAUUGUUCUUCUUAACGAAAAGGGAAGGUCAUGGAAGUUAAGUUUGGUUCACGACAAAAGCGGGUCUUAUCUCAGACAAGGUUGGAGAAGCUUUUGUCGUGCCAAUGGGAUUAAUGGAGGUCGUUAUACAUUCAAACUGGUCCGAAACUCAGAAACGCCUGUAAUACGUUUGUACCAAGCAGAACAUAGACAUGAGGACAAUACACAUUCUUAUCUUGUGGGAUCCCUCACGCCUUCUAGCCUACGUAAUGAUACGCUGUAUCUUUCAAGGCGGUUUGUGAACUCAAAUGGUCUGAAGGGAAAAUGUUGUGAGAUGAUUCUUAAGAACGAUAAUGGUGGAACAUGGUGUUUAGUUUUGAGACGCAACGAAACAAACGAGACUACUGUUAUCUCACGAGGCUGGAGAAGUUUCUGCCAUGCAAACGGGUUAAAAGUUAGAGAUCCCUUCAAGUUUAAACUAGUUGGAACCAGAGAAAAGCCUGUUCUUCAGUUUUGCCCUUCUGAAUCCAACCGCAACACAAGGCAUGUAGACUGUUCAGAAGGUGAUGUACAUUCACUCUCUAAGAAGGAGGCUUCAUCUUCACCUUGUCAGAACCCAUUUGUGACAUUAACUGUUACACAAUACUCUAUCAAAAGCAAUAAACUUAGGCUUCCACUACGUUUCACGCGGGUGAAUGGCAUCAACAAAGCAGGGAAGAUAACUCUGAUGGGUCAAGACGGAGUAAACUGGAUGGUGCAUCUUACGAAUGAAAACAAAUGCGGAAAACUGAGACUAGGAAGAGGCUGGAAAGGAUUUUGUGAAGCUCAUGGUGUGAAGAUAGGAGAGUCCUUUGUGUUGGAACUCAUACGGGAGAAAGAUGCAACUCCUGUGCUUAAGUUCUGUAACAAAGUAAAUUGUGUGUGAGACUGUUGCUUAAAAUAUGUAAGCUUAGUUCACUUCUGUACACUCUUUUAUGUCUUCUUUAUCUGAAUAGGCUUUGGUUUCCCUUUUUGUAUCACUUGUAAACCUAAUAUAAAAAAAAAAAGACAAUGAGGCUGGU